UUCGAUUACGGCAUUGUCCCAGGAUCAGCUACUGUAUUUGUGCGCGACAAGAUCAAGAACAUGGGCCGGUUCGACUUGACGUUGUUAGAAGGGGUCCUGGUCGUGAUAGACGUGACAGCUGCUCAGGGUUACAUGGUGACGUCCUGUUCGGCGCUGUCAAGUGCCGGUUUGUCUGUAUCGACUGCACGGACCGCCCAGAGCCAUAUGAAUGCGCCAUUUGAAAGCAUGGAAAGCCUGCUGCUAGCAAUUUCGCCCGUGUUCUGUCAACGUUUCCAGGAA